CACACACACACACACACACACACACUCGCUCUCUGACACACACACACACACACACACACACACACAGACACACUCGCUCUCUGAGACACACACACACACACUCACUCUCAGAGGGUCAUGCUGGUGAGCGCUCCGGCCGGGCCCCGGGCCCUGUGGCCCCCGCUGGACUUCAGCCUGGGUGCCGUGGCGUGCUGCGGGGCGUGUGUGCUGACUAACCCUCUGGAGGUGGUGAAGACCCGUCUGCAGCUGCAGGGUGAGCUGGCGGCGCGGGGCUCGUACCGGAGGCUGUACCGGGGCGUGCUGCAGGCUCUGUGGCUGGUGGCCGGCGCUGAUGGGCUCCGGGGCCUGCAGAAGGGCCUGACCGCCGCGCUGCUCUACCAGGGCCUGAUGAACGGCGUGCGGCUCGGCUUCUACUCCUACACGGAGGCGGCGGGGCUCACCGAGGCUCCGGGCGGGCGUCUGGUGUCAGGGGCCGCCGCUGGAGCGCUGGGGGCCUUCAUCGCCUCGCCCGCUUAUCUGGUGAAGACACAUCUGCAGGCGCAGACAGUGGAGACCAUCGCAGUCGGACACCAACACAACCAUCAGGGUGUGUUGAGCGCGUUCGUCUCCAUCUAUCGGCGUGAGGGGGUGACGGGUCUGUGGCGGGGCGUUAAUGGGGCCGUCCCCAGGGUCAUGGUGGGGUCAGCGGCUCAACUGGCCACGUUCAGCUCGGCUAAAGACUGGGUGACACACGCCCAGUGGUUUGAUCCUCACAGCUGCCUCAACGCUCUCAUCGCCGCCAUGAUCAGCGGGGUCGCCGUGGCGAUUACCAUGACGCCGUUUGAUGUCAUCAGCACUCGCCUGUACAACCAACCAGUGGACGAGUUUAAAAGGGGGCGUCUGUACUGCGGGUUCGUGGACUGUCUGAUGAAGGUUAGUGAGACUGAGGGGAUCAUGGGUCUCUAUAAAGGAAUGACGCCUGUGUUUGUGCGCCUGGCUCCUCAUACAGUCCUCAGUAUGCUCCUAUGGGACGUCCUGAGACAGCGAGCGCUGCUGUACACACACCGGAUCAGCACACAACCCGGAGCCGACUUUUAACUGACGCUUGCACUUCACCUGACUCUUCAGACGUCAUGGGAAGAACGCUUUUACCUCAACUCUGAUAUAACCUUGGUAUUUUUUAACUUGUAGUUUAUUAAUAAAGUUUUUUACCGACUGAC